AUGACAGCAGCACUGCCCAGCCUGGCUCUAGCCCUGCUCUGCCUGCUGCAGGCAGGAGCCCAGGUGCCUGUGCAGCCGGACUUGGACACCGAGAAGUUUGCAGGGGAGUGGCAUGUCACAGCCAUUGCUUCCAACUGCUCCGUCUUCCUGAAGAUGAAGGAUGGGAUGAAGUCAUCCAUGGCCAUCGUCAGCUUCACACCAGAAGGGGACCUGGCCAUGAAGUUGGUCUUACCCCUAAUGGACAAAUGCCAAGAGUUUGAGCUGCUCUUCCAGCAGAGCGGGAAGGCGGGGCACUACAUGGGAGCACAAGAGAAGAGGAAUCUGCGUGUGAUAGAGACAGACUACAGCCACUACGCUGUCCUGCACGAGGUCCAGCACAGCAAGGCAGAGCCCAGCACGGCACUGCAGCUCCUCACAAGGGAGCAGGACGUGAGCCCCCAGCUCCUGCAGAAGUUCAUGGAGCUCAUCCCCACCAUGGGCCUGACCGAGGACAUGCUGGCCAUCCUGCCCAAGUCAGAUCAAUGCACCGGGGACAUCAGCUGA